AUGGCGCCUCUUUUAACGCCGAUUGAGGCAAUGGUAGAUAGCGCCAAUCAAUUGAGCGACGAAGACUUUAUAUCAACGUAUUUGAAACCGGAGGUUGGUUGGACGUCAUGGACCCAUCCAAACACCAACGAUGUCUAUGAGAUCUCAUUUCAUAGAGCCGGAAAUACAAGUAAACCGGAUCUUCAAGCAUGUUUAAAUCUCAUAGAUGUUACGAGUGGAGAAGAUUACAGAAACUCAUCCAUUGGCUGGAACGCGUCCAGAAAGCUGCGAGAGAUGAAAUCGCCAGACCUGCGAUACACAGUGGUUAAGGGCAAAGAUGGCCAGGUCAAGGGCUUCACAUCGUUGAUGCCUACAUUUGAGGAUGGCUAUCCCGUAGUAUACUGCUAUGAGAUCCAUCUACUACCAGAAUUGCAAAGGACGGGUCUCGGGAAGAAGUUGAUGGACGACAUGAUGAGAACUGCUAAGAAUAUCCCGUGUAUGGAGAAAGUUAUGCUCACGUGUUUUGUAAGCAACAAGAACGCGAGGGCAUUCUAUGAUAAACUUGGAUUUGAAGUCGAUCCCUUCUCGCCACAGCCAAGGAAGCUGCGUGGCGGGAAGGUGGUUGUUCCUGACAUUACUAUUAUGAGCAAACCGGUUGCUCGAUAA